UAAAGGGAGGGCGGGGGCGGCGGGGGCAGCGGCUGGACGGGGCAGGGGCCAUCGGUGCCGGCGAGCGGGCCCUGCUGGAGCUGCCGCCAUGCCCCAGGCUCUGCUCUUCCUCCUCUUCCUCUUCCUCCUCGGCCUGGGGGGCAGCUCUGCCGUGCCGGCUGCCCACCGCGGGGCCGCGGCGCGGGUGCUGCUGGCGGAGCUGGCGGAGCAGAUCCCGCCGCGGGCGCUGCCGGGCACCGGGGUCUUGUGCCAGGACCUGCGUCCCGACGCCCUGCCCGGCUUCGCCCGGCUCCCGCCGCCGCCCCGUGCCCUGGCCCGUGCCGCCAUGGCCCUGGCGCUGAGCGGGGCCGCCUGCCGGCCCCAGGCCGAGGAGGAGGUGCAGGGGCUGUCCCGGGAGCUGGGUCCCGCCGCGGCCGCCGCGCUGCUGCGGGGGCUGGCGCGGCUGCGGGACACCCCGGCCCCCCAGGCCCUGCCGCUGCUCCUCAGCCUGGUGCGGCCGGGGGGCUCUGCCCCGCCAUGGCCCUGCGCGGCCGCAUCCCCCCAGCUCCGGCACCCUGCGGCCGGCACCCACCCCCCCUUAGCCGGGCUGCCGGCCACGGGACGCUCGGCCGAGAGGGUCCGGGGGGCCAGAGCCCACGCCUGGCUGCCUGCGUGCCGCCACGUCCCCCGGCAGCGGUCCCGGCGCCGGCGGGAGGACGAGGAUGCCUGCAACCCGCCGGGGGAACGCGAGGCCCACGGGGUGAUGGAGUGGGUGCCGGGCGUCAGCACCUUCUACAACCUGGGCACCAGCCUCUACUACGCCUUCCAGGGCUGCGAGGCCCUGGCUUCCAGCCGGGCCCUGGAGGUGGCCGAGGACUUGGGCUACGCCGGCUUGUCCGCUCUCACCGCCGGCGCCGGCGGCCCCGUGGCCCUGGGGCUGCAGCUGGGGCUGCAGCCGGGGCUCAAGGCCGGGGUGCGGGCGCUCAUCGGCUACUUCACCUCGGAGGGGGAGCCCCCGCCGGCCCCCACCGCCCACAGCGGCCCCGUCCUCAUCGUCUGAAUAAAGACGGCGGCUGCUUCCGUGUGUCCCCGUCCCUGUCUGGGGAGGCCGGCGCCAAUCGAUGCGGGGCCACCCUGUCCCGGGGCACGGGGACCUUGGCCCCACGGGGAGGCUUUGCCUGAGCCACGUGGUGGCCCGGCCCUGGUCGCCGUCCCUGUCCUUGUCCCGCCCUGCCUGGCUCCGGCUCCCGCAGCCCUGUCCCCGUAGCCCAUCCCUACGGCCCCUAGCCCUGUCCCCAUCCCAGGUGGCUGCAAAGCUUGUCCCCACGGGCUAUCCCUGUCCCCAUGGCUCUGCCCCCUGUCCCCAUGGCCUGUCCCUGAACCCAUGGUUCUGUCCCCCCUGCCCCACAGACUGUCCCCAUGGCUCUUGUCCCCGCAGCCCGUCCCUGUCCUCAUGGCUCUGUCCCCACGGGCUGUCCCUGUCCCCAUGCCUCUGUCCCCGUGUCCCUGCAGCCUCUCCCUCUCCCCAUAGCCCGUCCCUGUCCCCAUGCCUCUGUCCCCCUGCCCCACAGCCUGUCCCUGUCCCCAUGGCUCUGUCCCCAUGGCUCUGUCCCCAUGGGCUGCCCCUGUCUCCAUGGCUCUGUCCCCGUGUCCCUGCAGCCUCUCCCUCUCCCCACAGCCUGUCCCUGUCCCCAUGGCUCUGUCCCCACGGGCUGUCCCUGUCCCCAUGGCUCUUGUCCCCGCAGCCCGUCCCUGUCCCCAUGGCUCUGUCCCCAUGGCUCUGUCCCCGCAGCCCGUCCCUGUCCCCAUGGCUCUGUCCCCAUGGCUCUGUCCCCGCAGCCCGUCCCUGUCCCCAUGGCUCUUGUCCCCGCAGCCCGUCCCUGUCCCCAUGGCUCUGUC